UUCGGGUGAUGACGGUAUUGGCGGCGCGACAUGGCGGUGUUGUUGGAAACGACGCUGGGUGAUAUUGUGAUAGAUUUGUACACUGAAGAGAGACCCAAAGCCUCGCUAAACUUCCUGAAACUUUGCAAAAUAAAAUUUUACAACUAUUGCCUCAUUCAUAAUGUUCAGAGAGAUUUCAUCAUACAGACGGGUGAUCCCACCGGGACGGGACGUGGAGGAGAGUCUGUGUUCUGCAAACUAUAUGGUGAUCAGGCACGCUUUUUUGAGCCCGAGAAGAUGCCCAGGAUUAAGCACAGAAAAAAAGGGACGGUGUCUAUGGUGAACAAUGGCAGUGAUCAGCAUGCCUCUCAGUUUCUGAUCACCACAGGUGAAAAUCUGGAUUAUUUGGAUGGCGUUCACACAGUGUUUGGAGAGGUCACAGAGGGUUUUGAUGUGCUCGCUAAAAUCAAUGAGGCCUUUGUAGACACUGACUUCAUUCCCUUUCAGGACAUCAGGAUUAAUCACACCGUGAUUCUGGAGGAUCCGUUUGAUGAUCCCGCUGGACUCCCGGUGCCGGAUCGAUCACCUGAACCCACUAAAGAACAACUGGACAGUGGUCGUAUUGGAGCGGAUGAGGCCAUAGACGACAAUGAUGGUAAAGAUGCAGAGGAACUGGAUGAGCUGAUCAAAGAUAAAGAAGCUAAGACACAAGCCAUUUUACUGGAGAUGGUAGGGGAUCUGCCCGACGCAGACAUUAAACCUCCAGAGAACGUCCUGUUUGUGUGUAAACUCAACCCGGUCACCACAGAUGAAGAUCUGGAGAUCAUCUUCUCACGCUUUGGCCCCAUUAAAUGUUGUGAGAUCAUCAGAGACUGGAAGACAGAAGAAUCUCUCUGUUACGCUUUCAUUGAGUUUGAAAAGGAGGAAGAUUGUGAGAAGGCGUUUUUUAAGAUGGAUAAUGUCCUGAUUGAUGACCGUCGCAUUCACGUGGACUUCAGCCAGUCGGUGUCGAAGAUCAAAUGGAAAGGCAAAGGUGGAAAGUAUACCAAAGAUGACUUUAAGGCAUAUGAAAAAGACAUGGACAACAAAUCCAAGCUGGCUUUAAAGGACAAAGUUAAAAGCAAACCCGACUCCCGUUACGAGCUUCUUUUAGAUGAAGAUGAGGAAGAGAAGAGAGACGACAGAAAACGACAUUCAGACGCUGACAGAACGAAAGAUAAGAAAUCAAAGGAUCGUGAUGAGAGUCGGAGAGACAAAGAUAAAGGCAGACAGCGUUCCCGAUCCAGAGACAGACAUGAGAGAGAGCGAGGCUGGGACAAACACAGAGACAGGGGAAGAGAGAGAGACGGCGACUUUAAACGGCAUAAAGAGAAGAGCCGCAGACGAGAGCGCAGCCGCAGUCGCAGCCCUAGAAGAUCAAAGUAUUAAAGUUGUGAUGCAGCGUCUCACAUUAUAUUGUUUCAUUACAAAUGAAUUCAGGUGGUGUGAAUGAACCAACGAUUUCACUUAAAAUAUCGUCUUGGCUCUCAGCUUUAAUCUCAUUUCAUUCUUUUGUAAAAGUUUUUGAAACUCUGAUGUAACAUUUAAACUAUUACAUUUGUAUACAAAGAAAA